GGGUCUCUCCUCAGUUGUGGUAUUGAAGGUGGAGAGAGCGCUGGAUAUUCACUCCCCCCCACCUACAAUCCUUCUGGACCUGAGAUUUAAACCCGCAAACUUCGUUUUACAAGUGCAACUCUCUAGCCAGUAGGCCACGACUGCCCCAUGACAGCCCUGAAAGAAUUUGGGUAACCAAACAUUUGCUGGUCCCCUUUGACUUCCAUAGGAUUGUUUUUCUCCAAACAAAGAAAGUCAAUGGGGACCAGAAAUGGUUUGGAUACCAACUUUCUUCACAAUAUCUUGUUUUGUGUUCAGCAGAAGAAAGGAAUUCAUACAGGUUUGGGACAACUUGAGGGAUCAUUAUGAGUGUCCUUUUGGAUUACGACCAUGACUAUCAUUAUCAUGACCAUGACAAUAGUUCCAACCACAGUGACUAUGACGACAAGGAUUUUCCAGACUACCACACAGUCUGUGACAAACAAGAGGUUCGGUCUUUCGCUGGGAUCUUUUUGCCAGUCGUCUACACCCUAGCGUUGAUCCUGGGACUGGCCGGAAACUCGCUGGUCAUCUUAGUUUACCUUUCCCACAAACGCUUACGGACGCUGACGGACGUCUUCAUCCUCAACCUGGCCUUCGCAGACCUCCUCCUGCUCCUGACACUGCCCUUCUGGGCUGCAGAUGCAGUGAAUGGAUGGGAGAUUGGCACAGCAGCCUGCAAGAUCACUUCUGCUCUCUACACAACUAACUUCAGCUGUAGCAUGCUGCUGCUGGCCUGCAUUAGCAUAGACCGCUAUCGUGCACUAGCCAGAGGCUCCACCACCACCAAUGCCCCAAGCAGGAGCAAUGCCCGCAGGCAGAGGAUAAUCAUGUGCCUCAUGGUUUGGGGACUUGCCAUUGUCCUUGGAUUGCCAGAUAUGGUGUUCUACACGGUGAAGAAGCAGCACUCGAGUGAGCGUAAUGCCUGCCGGGCAGUUUACCCACACAGCAUGGCGCGGGCAGCUAAAGCAACUCUGGAAAUUCUGGAAGUGUCUCUGAGCUUUCUUCUGCCUUUCCUGGUGAUGAUGUUUUGUUAUUGCAGGGUUGGAAUUGUGUUGGGUGAAGCUGCUACAGCGGGUGUACGUGGUGGAAGGAGAUGGCGGGCAUUUCGGGUUUUAAUAGCAGUAGUGGGUGCAUUUCUGUUGACCCAGCUCCCCUAUAAUGUUGUAAAAUUAGUCAGAGCCCUGGAUGUGAUCUACAUUUUAGUGACAGAAUGUGAAGUGAGCAAAAACCUUGACCGGGCCAAUCAAAUCACUGAAAGUCUGGCCCUCACGCAUUGCUGCCUGAAUCCUGUGCUCUACGUCUUUAUUGGCUCAUCCUUCAAAAUGCAUGUUCUGAAGCUUGCCAAGCGCUGCGGGCAGACAGGAAGAGGGUACCGCCAUGGCAAUGAACAGCCCACUGUCGAGAUCUCCCUUAAGUCAGGCACACAAACUCACACUCACUCUUCAUCAGACAAUGAAGAUACGAGUACGUUCACCAUAUGACACCGCAAUAAAUUCACAAUGAGAACUGCCAACUAUAUUCCAGGACAUUGUUUUAAAAAUAAUAACAAUUAACAGUCAUGUACACGCUCAUUAAGUUCGAAGUAUAAUUCAGUUUUGAUGUGAUGGCUAGUGCAUGAGUAUUAAGUUGAACACACGUUUCUUUUUCUUUGUUAACUUACAUGAACACAGGCACUAAAAACAAACUCACCAGA